AUGAACUUCGGGCAGACGAAGGGAAAAGGAUCAUUUGAAGCAUUUUGUAAAAUUUUGAAUAAUGAGGAGAAACAAAAGCAUGUUGUUAGUAAAAUUUUGAAAGUUUCAAGUGAGGCCUUGCUGUCGGUUCAUAUCAGUGAGUCUCCAAUCAUUACCAAACAGACUGUUGAAUCUGAAGAUCAUGGCAAGAUUAGCUCAUCCAGAAAACAAAGUCGUGUGGAACCAACACCAGACAUGGAAUCUCUUUCAACCAAGUCUAAAAAUCUGCGUGUUGAUGAGACGAUUCGAAGUGCAACGUUUACAUUUAGAAAGGAAGACGAGGAGCGUAUCAAGCCUUGGGAAAAUCUUCUUAUAGCUAUGUGUCAGCAAUGUUUUAAAAUGUUAGAAGAUGACGUCAUAUUUUUAUAUUGCCUUCCAUCAGUUGGUCAAAAGGUUACAUUCUAUGGUGACGUAGAUUACAAGCUUGCUGUAUUUCAGCUGGAUGAUGUUGCCCCAAGUUUGAUUUCGAAGCACAAAAGUCGGCUAAUUUCACACAUUGCUGGUUUUCUCAAAGUGAAGAAAAAUCUCAUUCAUUACCUAGAAGUACUUGAUGGUUCAGCUCUUGUUCUCUUUCGUAUUGAAAUGAGUGCCUACGUGAGACUUCUAGCUGCUCCAGCAAUGGAAGCACAAUGUAUUGCAUUUUAUCAGACAUUGAAACAAACGUUUCCGAAGUUAGUUGCUGUCAAGUUCAAGUUAGGUGGUUUGCCUACUAUACCACUGACAAAUGCAGGAAUCAAGAUUCAAGGUGUUAUGUCUAAGGAAGAAAAGGAACAGAAAAAUUUACGUAAAGUCUACGCCAAACUGGCCAACAGUAACUGUAUUACAAGCGUUUGGCCUUGA